AGAUCCAUUUUUUCUUCAACGAUACCAUAAUAUAUAUUGCUCGCUCCAAAAAUGGAAAUACUGUUACGCCGAAUUAUUAUUAAUUUCUAUCUGUAAAAUAAAAAUCAUCUUUCAAAGUUAUGUCUUCGAAGCCUGUUGUAUCGCCAGAAGCCUUCCAGGCGAUGCAAAAUGUCGACAUCGAUGCUAUUGUGAAGCUAGGAGAGAAAAAACUGAGAGUUUUGCUGCCAUGUCUUGUUCGCAUGUCGCUCUGUGCGCCGCUGGACACCAGCAACAUUUGGGUCCAGGGACGCAAGAAGCUUCUACGGGUUCUCUCCGGCCUGGAAGUCGUCAACUCUAUCGUAGCCCUUUUGUCGGUCGAUUUCAGUACGCUCGAACAAGAUGCUUUGAAAGAAGCGAAAAUGAGGCAAAAACUAGGAGAUGCAGAAAACCACUUGACGGCUCACAUUCAGCAUGGUUUAGCUCUGGAGUUUGAGAAGAGUGAUUCUGCCAGACGUUUGAGGUUACUCAUCAGUGAACUUCUCUUUAUAUCCAGUCAGAUCAAGGAACCAACAGAUUUCACUCCCCGGACUUGUGAGCUGUUUGAGAAUGAGGUUUACAGGGAAGAGGUUUCUGAUGUUCUCUGUAUUGCUCAAGCAGAGUUGCCGUCCUUGCUUCCUGUGAAUAGACUGGCUGAGGUGCUGCUGAGAGUUAAGCUAGGACCAACCAUGCUAUGCAGACUUGUAGCUAAUAUUCCAGAUAGCUUCUUUCAAGUGUGCAAUGUUCUGAUCAAGAGUGGAGAGCGUCAGGAUGAGGACAGCAUCGGCGGUAGAAGAAGGACUGAAAGCUUGAGACUACUAGCAGCCAUGAAUCCCAGUCAGACACUCAAACUCAGAGCCCUAGCUGUUGAGCAGUGUCGUCUACCUGGUCUAGCUGUAGCUCUAUCCUUAGACCAUGCAGUGAGGAGUAAAGCUGCCGGGGGCCAGGGGGACAUGGUGAGCUUCCUGAGUGGUCUGCUCCUGGGAAGCAGCUCUACGGUACGCAACUGGUUUGCUCAGUUUGUACGCUCCAGUCAGAAGUUGAAGCAAGAGAACACAAUGUUGCAAUGCCUCAGGGAUCAUCUUCUUCAAGAGCUCAAAUCCAUCACUCCGUCCAAGGAACACUUCAGGGACCUCCCCGCCAGGAAUGUAGUACAGGCCAGCGCAUUCAUGAGGCUCUACUGUGCACUCAAGGGGAUUGCAGGCAUGAAGUUCAGUGAGAUAGAAACCAAGCAGCUAUUACGUCUCUUGACCAGCCACCCUCCUCCAACAGCAGCGGGCAUUAGGUUCAUCUCCAUGGGACUCUGUAUGCUACUUGCUUGUCCAUUCUUAGUCAGUGUUGAUGAUGAGAAGAUAGUGACACAAUGGAUUAAUUGGUUGGUCAAGGAAGGACCCAGAUUUGAGACGGAGAGUGGUGUAAGCGCUUCCUUCAGUGAGAUGUUGCUCCUGAUGGCCAUUCACUUCCAUGCGAAUCAGAUGCAGGCUAUCGUGGAUUUAGUUUGCACCACUCUUGGAAUGAAGAUUGCCAUGAGAACAAACUCCCUUGCCAAGAUGAGGCUCCUCUUCAUUCAAGACAUAUUCACAGAACAGGUUGCGGCAGCACAUGCUGUAACGGUAGCUGUCACACCUAAGCUGAGUGCAUCGACGACAGGUUUCCUACCGGUACACUGUGUGUUCCAUCUACUCAAGAGCAGGGCAUUCACCAAACACAACAUUCCAAUCAAAGAUUGGCUGUUCAGACAGAUUUGCAAUGCGACCCCUCCCCUCCACCCUCUGCUUCCCCCUCUCAUUGAAGUGUUUGUGACCUCGGUCGUCAUGCCCACCCAGUCAGGCUCCAAGCACCUGCGGAACGCUCCACUCUCUGAGAGGGAGAUCCUGUCUGUUUUUAAAUCAUCCGCUGUGUCCUUUGUGAGUGGGUCGGAAGCCAUGGAGGUGGAUGAGAAGACAGAGAUUGGAGAGGAAGAGCGAAUGACGGCACAGCUGCUCAUGCUCUACUAUGUGCUACUCUAUGAAGAUUGCGUGCUGAAUAAUAUGAAACAUCUCAUGAUCAUCAACGAGCGACCCUUGACCUACUCCAGCCAACUCAUCUCCCAGCUGCCCAUCAAGUACCUGGUGCGACACGCCCAGACCAAGCAGACAGAGUACGGCGCCCUCUAUCCCAUCCUGCUGCGCUGCGUGUCGACCCACUACCCACACCUGUGCCUGGUGGAGGAGUGGCUGGCGGACGAGGUGGAGGAGAGGACACGACAGAGGACGAGGAAGAGGAAGAUCGGUGGGAGGAGGGCGGUGAGAGAGAAUUGUACACCAGAGGAACUCAAGAAAGCUUUGUCCAUGGUCUUGACCAACCCCACCCCGGCCGUUCUAAUCUUGGAAUCACUGCUUGACAGAGACAACCCUCAGCUGAUGGAGUAUUCUGACACCCUGGUGGCCAGUCUCUUGGGACUGCUUGACCCACAGGUACCUAGGAAGGUGACCAGUAUGGCGGUCAGUCUGUGGCACAAACUCAACACUGUCAUGCCAAGAAAAUUACAUGUGAUGACAGUCAAUGCAUUAGGCGAGACCGCACCAGUGACGCCAUUCAGUGAGGAAGAUUUGACCCUUGACCCCCUCAUAGUACUAAGGUGUGACCUGCGGGUAUUCAGAUGUCCGCCCGUCCUGGAGCUGGUGCUGCAGACCCUAAGAGCCUACCUAGCAGCAUGCAGGGCGUACCUCUCCUCACACAUCCUCUCCAACCCCACCGUGGCACGGGCUAGACCAGACACCAGCAGCCCCACGGCCCUCCCCUCUCAGUUAGAGAGGGAAGAACUCAAGGCGGCACUGCUCAUCACACAGGAGAGCGCGGCCAUGCAGAUACUGCUCGAGAUCUGUAUGCCAUUUGAUAAUGAGAAGGUUGAAGAGAGUCGUCUGUCCUGCCUGAGAGAGAUUCAGUGCCAGGUGUGUUCAUUGUUACAUCAGAUGUUCAUUGCUGACCCAAACCUAGCAAAGCUGAUCCACUUUCAGGGUUACGCGAGUGAGCUUCUACCCGUGACAGUAGCAGGUGUUCCUUCGAUGCACAUCUGUCUUGAUUUCAUCCCCGAGCUACUGGCCCAGCCUGACAUGGCCAAACAGGUGUUUGCAAUUGAACUCACAUCUCAUCUAUGUCUCCAGUAUGCCCUACCCAAGUCACUGAGUGUAGCUCGAUUAGCCAUCAACGUGAUGUCAUCAUUACUUACAGUUUUGACUGGUGAGCGAUGGGCAAUCUUCUACAAGGCCACACUGCCCUCCAUAGUUCGUAUCUGCCGAGCAUUCCCUCCACUCUACGAGGACAUCACAUCGAUCCUUGUCCAGCUUGGAAGGGUGUGUGCAUCUAGGAUAGCUACAGCAGGCAACAGCCCUGAUUAUAUCGGGAGCGAUGCAGAGCUGGCACAGAUGAUGAGCACGGGCGGACAGGCGGCUAGUGCCCUCAGGAGCAACGAGAAGAACAGUGACAGGGUGCUUCUGAAGUCGGUAGAAGACACGUUUGCUGAAAUCGUGAGACUUGCCAUACUGCAGAAGGACUGUGAAGCAUGAGCAAGUCAACAGCGGGGAGGUUGGAAGAAACCAUCGAUAUUAGUGUUUAUCAUCAAGAAUAAAGUUAUUUGAGAGUUUCGAUACUUGAUUUGGAAAGCUGCAAACUUGCCUGACAAUCUGCAUGAGCAGACAGUCCAAAGUCCACUAAACGAUUGGAGUCCAUUUAAGUUGAACAAAUGGACAAGUCCAAUGCUAAUAUUUUUUGUCCAUAUAAUUUGCUUCAUUAUCUAGUAAUCAUGUAUGAAGUUUUAUUUCAGAUGUUCCUGUCUAUCCCCCCCCCCCCCCUCUCUCUCUCUUUCUGUACCUCAGAUAUUGUUGAAUUGUCAUGUGUGAUAACUUUUCCUUACAAUGGAUUUACACCGACUAUUGUGCUAGGUAGAAAGAAUUUAUAUUUCUGGAAUUAAAGAUACUCUAUGAGUUUAAACCCAAUUUCUUAAUACUUUAAACUGGCUGUCAUCUGAUUACUAGUUUGUAAUUGGCCAACAACUAAGCUUAAUCAGAUUUUUACAAAUAAGGACCCUGGUAAUGCUUAUGAGAAUUUUUGACAUCCAUAUUCAUUUCAUUCAAAUAGUAAUUACCCUUGUUGGGGGAUUUAUUCUUUGUAUCUCUUUGUCUCAUAUAUUCCAGGAAUAUUCCAGUGAGUGAGUAGUAAUGACAUCCUGUUGUCAUAUCUAAAAUCAUGCAAAGAUAUCUUACCCCAUUUGAAAGUUGCGAUAAACCUUACCUGGAUGGAUAAUGCAUGAAUGUGCCUGAAUUAUCUCUCAAAAUGUUUCUGUAUAUACAUGUAAAUACAUGUACAAUUAUUUGUAUAUAUAUUUUGCAAAUAAAACUCAAAUGCUACACA